AUGUCACAAUGGUACGAGACGCCAAGUCAGCUCCCACCGUCGUCGCCGUCGUCGCGUGCUAUCGGUAGUGCGAACGCCGUGUCUGCCCUUUCGCCCAUGGUUCUACUUACUGCGGCAGCGACAGGUGUGGGCGACGGAAGUCAAGCGGGGCAAAGGGCAUCGCUGUUGCCAACGUUCUUGACGCCACCGCCAUCACCGCUGUCGCCGCUCUCCGUUGGUGUUUUGGGGGGAUGCAGAAGUGAACGCAACCGCGGUGAUGGGCGCGCGGGUAACACGCAAGACGGAGCGUCGAGUGUCGCCACGCCCUCACUGCUGUUUGAGAAUGUGGUAGUGGUGAGCGGACCGAGUCUUGCUUCGGUGAGUCCCUCCCUCGCCCGCGGUCUUGGAGCACAGGGAAACAGCAGCAACAGCAGCUGUUUAACGGGCAACAACCCCGCUGAUGAGUUUGUGCAGCAGAUGCAGCUGCCCUCAUCGUCCUCACCUUGCCUGCUGGCGGCGCCCUUGUCUGUUACCCCGCUCUCCUCUUCGCCGGGGACGACGAUACGUGGAGUUGCCGCAAAGGAGGUCGGCUGUGUCGUGCUGAAGGCGGGGUACGCGACGAACUGUGUAAUUUGCCUUUGGAGUCUGGAGGAUGCGGAGCCGUCAGAAACAGCUCCGCAGUGGUUAGAUGCGGAACCAGCGUCCAAGAACAACAGCAGCAGCAGCACAUCUCCCGCGACUGAAAGUGUCAAGCUUGGUUGCGGUCACGAGUUUCACGCGGAUUGUCUACAGCGCUGGCUGCUCACCAGCCGAGUCUGCCCAAUGUGCAGACGGGAAGUCGCACCAGCUGCUGGACGGUGA